AUGGAGGCGGCUGCUUUUGCUUUCCGGUUCUCGUCGGCCAAACACCCCGAUCAGAAGGGAGCGUAUGAUGCGUCUUUCCUUCUGAAUCUUCUGGCGCCGAUCUUCGUCAACGCCUUCGAUUACAUGAUCAUCUCUCGACUGGUCAGGUGUUUUCUGCGGAAGACCAAGGUCUUUGGCCUGGGGGGGAAUAUCAUGGGAAAGAUCUUUGUCUGCUGUGAUAUAAUAUCCUUCAUAAUUCAGAUCGGCGGCGGUCUCAUGACUCUCAGCAAGAAGCCAAACUCGGCCAAGACGGGCGUUCAUAUUGUGACCUUUGGAGUGGUCUUCCAGGAAGCACUGAUCGUCUUCUUCUUCGCCUUGACCAUGCGGUUGACGCAGAAGCUCGAUUGGGCCAUGCCACACAGCCAGAUAUCCAAGGACGCCAAAACCCGAAUCCACGCCGUGCAGAUCUCACUGCUUUUGAUCACUUACCGGAUCGUCUACCGAAUUGUCGAGUUCUCUUCCGGCGAGGGCAGCAGCCUGAACAACUACAUCAACAAGCACGAGUGGUGCGAGUACGUCUUCGACGGCGUGCCGAUGUUCUUCGCCUUGCUGGUCAUGAAUAUCUGGCAUCCGGGGAAAGUGCUUUCCGCUGGAAACAUUGACGGAUCUGUCGUCCCCUUGAACGAAUACUGA